AUGACGUGUAAAAAUGCUCUAUUCUGCAAACCAUCAGACAUGAAAGACAAGAAUUUCCAAAUGAGUAUUAAGGAUAAAUGUGAUAGGAAACAAAGAAAAAUAGAUGGUAAACAGACAUGGUAUUAUGUUUUGAAAGAAGAAAUGAAAGGAUUAUAUAAACAGGUUGAACCAAACGAUAAUGAUGAUUCAUUUACUGACGAUGAAAUACCUGUAAAUGAUGCUUUAUAA